AUGCUGGUUGUCGAUCCCGAACGUCGCUUCACUGUCGACCAGUGUCUCAACCACCCCUGGAUGACUCAGAACCAGCCGGGUGUCAAUGACAGUACCGAUGGCUUGGUCGGUGGUAUCCAAGGCUUGGAUGUCCAUCGGCGAGGCGUCGCCAGAGAACGGACGUUGCUAAGCUCCAUGAACUCGGUACAAGUUGCCACUAGGCCGCCGAUUGGAGACAGCAAGAAGCCCGUCCACAUAUACGCUAAGAACACGAAGAAGAUGACCCCGAAGGAGGUCGAUCCUCAUGGACAACGGAACGUGAGUGAAUUCGUUGAGAUGGGUGGCAAAGGCGACCAGCCACUCUUCGGCGCAGACGGCGAAAGUAUAUACUCCAAGAAGGACAUCAGUGGCGGCAAGACGAAGAAUGGUGAGAAGUAG